AUGGAAUCUAGAUUAUUUCAAUCGUUUUUCUCAAUGUAUGUUAGAAUCAUGAUGAAUAACACCACAGCAGAAACGAGUUAUAUCCCCUUCCGGCCUAUUCCGAUGCAUGAAAUAAACUAUGUUGAACAGAAGAGAUGUAAUGAAACUAUAUUUCCUAAAGGAUACCCACAGGACGGCGGGCUGUAUUGUAAUGCUACGUUCGAUGACUGGAUGUGUUGGGAUUACACGCCAGCAGGAGAAACUGUGUAUCAACUAUGUCCUAUAGACUUCGACACAGCCAUGAACCCUGAUGGUUUUGCUGAAAAGAAAUGUAUGGAAGACGGAACAUGGUUACGGCAUCACGUGUCAGGACGAGUCUGGACAAAUUACACAGAGUGUAUAAACACAGAGGCAGAAAACAGUGUAAUGAUGGUAUAUAUUUCUGGUUAUGCUCUCUCUAUUAUUUUACUCAUUAUUUGUAUGGUUAUAUUCGCUAGUUUUAGGCAGUUAAAAUGUACACGAGUCACGAUCCAUCAGCAUUUAUUUUUAUCAUUUAUAUUAGCUGGUAUGUUUUGGAUCAUAUAUUAUACACAAAUACCAAUGAACCGUCAAAACAUGGAGGAUAACUCGAUAUGGUGCAUAUGUCUACACGUAGUGACACAAUACCUAACAAUAUGUAAUUAUUGCUGGAUGUUUUGUGAAGGAUUUUAUCUCCAUACCUUAAUAGUUUUAGCUUUUACUAAGGAAAAGAAAUUACUCUGGAUAUCGAUAAUAAUUGGUUGGGUGUUUCCUACCGUUCCUACAGUGUUUUAUUUGGGGUUCCGGGCCACAAGUGUAUUCGAAAAUUCCAAAUGUUGGUUACACAAAUCGUCUUUAAUGUGGUUUAUCAUAGGACCUGUGGUUGUUUCACUUAUUGUAAACCUCUUGUUUUUGGUGAACAUUUUAAGAAUCCUUGUGUCAAAGCUGCGUGCAUUUAAUACAAACGAGAGUCAUCAAAAUAGGAGGGCAGUACGAGCAGUUCUAAUAUUAAUACCAUUAUUAGGUCUACAGUAUUUAGUUAUACCAUUUAGACCUGACCAUGACCCACAGGCCAUGCAUAUAUUUAAACUGAUCUCAGCAUUUCUAACUUCUUAUCAAGGUGUUUUUGUAGCUGUGAUUUUUUGCUUUUUUAAUGGGGAGGUAAUUACAGUAAUGAAAAGAAAAUGGAACCAGAUCAGGAAUAGUAAUUAUAACCCUACUAGUGACAACAGAAGGCGAAGUACGUGUAACACGACAGCCAUAACUAAUUGGGAUGAUUCCAGUGUCGUAAAGAAUGACAAAAACUCUAGAAUUAAAGCGCAAGGCAUUCGUGAAGCUGGGUCGUUAUUUGGCAAAUUUGUUUUACAGGUCAUUGAUAAUUCAGCACCAAUCGCAAAAACUUGA